AUGGUCCCUGUGUUGAAAUGCCUUUUCUUCUCCCUGAUCCUAUAUGGCAAUUAUCUCUUGUUCCAUGACUACUUUCUGACUAUUUUUUAUUCAAUGUGCUAUUCCAUUAUUUUAAAGCAAAUUAAUGAAAAUACGCCAUUUUUGCUGCUGCCAAUUGUGCACGCGUCGGUUAUAGUAUCUAUAGUGUACACAUUCCUGCCCUUUUUGCUGGUUGGCUAUGGGCUAAGCUACAAUAUUCUAUUGUAUAUUCUAUAUGAAAACUAUAACCAGGUGAUUGUGCACUCCAUAUUCUUUGCGCUCUCUUUAUACUACUUCUACAAGAUUGGAAAUAGCUCGUUAUACCUGAUGUUUAAAAAUAUUAAUUGUGUUUUUAUUUUCGACAUUUUUAGAUCGUUGGUUGUUGCAGAGACUGCUGUAAGCUUUGAGUACAUUUUAAUAUCGCUUAUCAUUUGGAUAUUUGAAAAAGAGUCAUUAGUCAACAAGCUGUGCAUAAUAAGCAUCGCCAGCAGAAUAUUCCCAUUUACAGCUCUGUUCAUUCUUUAUGCAGCAAAGAUGGUUUACUAUGGAAGUGAAAAUAUUCUGAAGUCUGCCUCCAUGAUGCUUAUAAUACUUUUAGUGCAUCUCACUAUAAGCAGUAUAUUAAUGGAUAAAAAGAAGAAGAAUCUUCUAAUAGACUAUAAAAUAUUCAUUAAUGUAAGCAGUGUUCUAGGAUGGAAAAUAUUUGGAAGUGCAGGGGUUCUGCUAGGGCCUCUAUUGCUGCUGUCACUUUUAAAUUUACUAAAGAAGGAGCAGGAUGUCCAAGGGAUAUUGCAAGAAGUAGAGACUAAAAUGCCAGCUAAGACUUGCAAGAAAGUGAACAAAGCGUACGAUGUAAUGCGAAAGAGUAAAUAA